UAGGCAUAGGCAACCGCCACAACCAAAAGCAGAAGAAGGAAUUUGAACGUUGGUUUCGUUCUGCUCUUCGGUUAAACCUUUAUAAUCUCCACAUUUUGUCUCAUUGUGAGCUCCGAUAAUAUUCACAUUCUUACUUUGAUGCCGAUGUUUGUCUGUUUAAGGAGGUCAAACAUCCUGAGUGAGACCAGUUAGCCUCCGGUAUUCAUGAGAAGCUAACUGUCAGGAAAACUAACCAGUUUCUAGUUGGAGAGAAUCGCAAAAAAAAAAACUUCACACGAAGAUUUUUGGACUCUUACUGGACGCGGCGCGGCCGCCGGAUCUUCUUCUGGGGACUAAAAGCAACACUAUCCGGUUCCAAACAGCAUCAUGUCUGUUAACGUUUGGGUGGUUGCUGGUGAUCGGUUACUCAUUCAACGAGAAAGCAACUCAGUUCGUGACCGCAACUUACCGACCAAUCUAGAGAUGAAAGAGGAACACAGAGAUCCAGAUCUAAACCAGAUGAAGGAGGCGCCACAAUAUCAACCCAUCAAAGAAGAACAAGUUGAGCUCGACAUCUUUCAUGACCAGAAGUCUGUAGUGAAGCCAGAUGCUGACACCUUUAGGGUCUCUGCUGGUUCUGAUGAAAUAUUCCAGCGUAAACCUGAACUGCAGCAGAUCACAGGGAUGAAGGAGGAACCAGAACCGGAACAGAUUAAAGAUGAACUGGAGGAACCAGAACCUGAACAGAUUAAAGAUGAACUGGAGGAACUAGAAACUGUACAAAUUAAACAAGAAGAGGAGGAACUCUACAGUGAUCAGGAUGAAGAUCAACUUGUAGCAAAGCAGGAUUCCUUCAGAGAAACUCCUAUGCAUGAGGAAAAAUACCACAGUGAACCGGAUCCAAACCAGGACCAGAUCCACCCUUCCAACUCCCCUGGAGCUGAAAACCAACCAAAGGACGGAUACAAUGGAAAAGACCUGGUAUUAGAUGUAGAAGAAGAGCUAACAAAGAAUCAGAAUGAAAGUGUUGAACACUCUAAAGUGAAAAAACUAAAGAAAAACAUGCGUUCCUGUAAAAUAUGUGGAAAACAUUUAAUCAGGAAAACUCUCCUGAAAAUUCACAUGAGAAUCCACACCGGUGAGAAACCGCAUACCUGUCAGGUCUGCAGUAAGUCGUUCAGCUUUAGCAGUCAUUUGGUUCGUCACAUGAGAAAUCACACGGGCGAAAGACCGUUCUCGUGUCAGACUUGUGGGAAAAGCUACAUCAACAGAAGUAGCUUAAACGCACACAUCAAAGACCAUCUGGGAGAGAAUUCAUUCCCAUGUGGAUUGUGCAAUAAAUCUUUCACCAAGAGUCAAAAUCUGGUUUGUCACAUGAGACUCCACACAGGCGAGAAACCAUUCUCGUGUCCAAUCUGCGGAAAAAGCUAUGUGAGCAAAAGCAGCCUGAAAAAACACAGCAUAACACACAACAUGGUCGACACAGGCGAGAAGCUGUUCUCGUGUGGUUUGUGUGAUAAGUCUUUCAAAAACAAACGAGGUCUGGUUCGUCACGUCAAACUCCACUCAAACAAGAGGCCAUUCUUGUGUCCCACCUGCGGAAAAAGCUACACAAGUAAAGGCGCUUUAAAAGAACACUCUAGAGUUCACCUCCCUGAAAAGCCAUAUCCGUGUGACCUCUGUGAUAAAACCUUCGCAGCCAAGAUUAACUUUGACCGCCACAGGAGGACUCACACAGGCGAGAAGCCGUUUUCAUGUGAAGUUUGUGGGGAUUUUUUUAUUGACAAGUUGGCUGUGGUUAAACAUAUGAGAAGUCACACAGGGGAGAAACCGUUUCCAUGUGACCUGUGUCCUAAAUUUUUUCAUACAAAAUUUAACUUGGCGUGUCACAUGAGGACUCACACUGGUGAGAAACCCUAUCCUUGUGACCUUUGUGAUAAAUCCUUCAUAUCCAGAGGUAACUUGGACCGUCACCGGAGGAGUCACACAGGCGAGAAACCCUUUUCAUGUGAAGAAUGUGGUAAAUUAUUUACCAACAAGAUGUCUAUGGUUAAACACAUAAAAAAUCACACAGAGAAGAAGCUCAAGAAGAGGUUUUCCUGUAAUCUUUGCGAAUCGUCUUUUACCAACAACAUUCAGCUGGACGAUCACCUGAGGAGCCACACAGGUGAGAAUGUCUUCUCUGUGGAAAGAAAUUCUCCAGUUUAACAGCCGGACUCAUUCAAGCACUAAAUUACCUGCUCGGUAAAUUAUUCAGUUCCAGUUAUAAUCUGACUGGAUAUGUAUGUAAAUAAGCCUUAAAAAGAAGUUUGUAGAAUAUCUUUUGACAAGCGGAAGGAAUGUGACCCAGGGCUAUUAUUAUUACUUAUGUAUGUAUUAUUGUUAUCCUCACGUUGUAUUUUUAGGAUUUCACCUGUAAAAAGGCAUUUCAUGCUAACUGGCUUAUGCAAGGGGAAAUCAGUAUAUUUCUAUAUAGUAGAAAACCAGCAGCUGUCUUAAUUGUAAGCUAUUCAAAAUAUAGAACGUUAUUUAAAACGUUUAUCUUUUUAUCAGCCCUGUUGCCUGUAAAAAUAAUUUUUGUCCUUUGUUUCAUAUCAAACCUGAUUGCAAAUAGUUUCCAGUUGAUCAAGGAGCAUCUUUUAUUCUGUAUGUUUGCUGGAAUCCUUCAUCUGAAUUGUUCUUAGUUUUGCUGUUUCUUGAUUGUUUUUCUGCAUAAUAAAUGUGCAUGUAAAAGAAUUUAACUUUUUGAUAAAACUGUUUAAUGUCAAAGUGAAUAUUGAUUUCUGCAAAAAUAAUUAAAAUUAAAUAAUAUUUAAUAAAAAAUAAUUGAUUGCAUAAAUAUUCAUUCCCUUUGGUGUUUCUAGUUUCUGGAUCUGGGAUCAAUUGAGAGCAGUGAGUCUGUAAAUAAAGACUCGUCUGUCUGGACGGUCCAUUCACUGGUUCAUCAGUAUCCUGGCUACUGCAGGCAGAUUAAAGAAAACUUCGACCAAUCAGAGAAAAGCUUAUUGAGAAGCUUCAACCGUUUUGUUAGGAAGAAUGAAGGAAAACUGCAGCGUCCAGAUGUCUAAACCUUUUCACACCGACUUUCUGAUUCCAAACAAAUGUGCAUCUAAACGUUGCACAUUUUAGAUGCACAUUUGACUCACCCCUGAGUCAAAUGGGGUGAAUAUUUAUUCAACCACUUAUUUUAUGUUACACAUUUGUAUUUCUCAUUAUUUUAUAGAAAUCUGUUUUUACUUUGACAUCAAAGGCUUUUCUUUUGCAAUUUUCUGCUAAAGGCUCCAUUAUGUUGCUUAAGAUUGAUUUGUAAAAACAAUAAAAAGGGUAAAACAUGGUGGAUAGUUUUAUAUGUGCUUUAUAUGCUUCUGCAUAAAAUAUUAAAAUGAUUUACAAGAUUUCAGAUAAAACACACGACUAAACAGCCACAGAGGAAAAGAAGAAAUAACACAAACUCAGACUCAACCAACCAUCACAAUUAUAAAAUCAAAUGAAAUAUUGUGUUAAUCAACUGUGUUAUGUUUG